AAAAAACGGUCGUAGAUUUUAAUAGGAGUACAUGAAUACAUGGGCUUCAAGUUUCAGUCCUUCCAUCAACCUUACCUAAUAUCCUUAUUGCUUCGUUCUGAUCAUUCUCCCCUAUCGCCACUUUCCUCCCUAAGCCUUCUCUUCCUUGCGCCAUACGCUCACCGACUGAAUAUCUACCCAUUCUCCAUCUUGUUACUUGCUACCUACCCUCACUUGCCUAUUGUCCACGACCAAUCAUGUCUGGUCGCUUCGUUCGAGCGUCCAAAUAUCGACAUGUCUUCGGUAAAUCUACACGAAAAGAAUUCUGCUACGAUAAUCUUCGCAUAAGCCGAAAUGCUUGGGAUACCAACCUGGUUAAGGCUAACCCAGAAUAUCUCGCCGUCAAUUGGGAGGCUAGUGGUGGAGGUGCCUUCGCCGUCAUUCCCUUAAGCGAGAAGGGGAAACUUCCCGAUGUAAUUCCUCUAUUCCGUGGCCAUACUGCCGCCGUUCUCGAUACCGACUGGAACCCUUUUAACGAUCGCCUAGUCGCUUCAGCUUCCGAGGAUGGCAAAGUAAUGUUGUGGCAAGUGCCUCAGGGCUUCACUCUCUUUACGGAUGCUGAGGAACCAGCCGACGUCGCUCCCGUUGCUAAAUUGACCGGUCACGCGAGGAAGGUCGGUCAGGUCCUAUUUAAUCCCGCCGCCGAGAAUAUCCUUGCUUCCGCCUCCGGCGACCUUACGAUCAAAGUAUGGGAUGUGGGUGCCGGCUCCUCCGUCCAUACGCUAAGACACCCUGAUAUUGUUCAAAGUCUGUCGUGGAAUGCUAGCGGAACAAUGCUAGUUACAACCUCAAGAGAUAAAAAGCUUCGUGUAUGGGAUGUACGACAGGAACGUCCUGCCCAUGAAGGUCCAGGCCAUGAGGGGGCCAAGAAUAGUCGAACGGUAUGGUUAGGAGAACAAAAUAGGUUUGCCACUACUGGUUUCUCGAAAAUGAGCGAUCGACAGCUCGCCCUUUGGGAGCCCGGCAACAAUACCCCUAUUGGCGGAUUUAAGACUCUCGAUAGUAUCUCUGGUGUUUGCAUGCCUUUUUGGGAUGAUGGCUGCCACUGCCUAUACCUCGCCGGAAAGGGUGAUGGAAACAUCCGCUACUUCGAAUAUGAGCAUGAUAAAUUCGAAUUCCUCUCCGAGUAUAAGUCUGUAGAACCCCAGAGAGGUAUUGCUUUCGUUGCCAAGCGUGGGGUCAACGUUCAUGAGAAUGAAAUUAUGAGGGCCUACAAGACUGUCAACGACGCCUAUAUUGAACCCAUCUCCUUCACCGUGCCUAGACGAGCUGAGACAUUCCAAUCCGAUAUCUUCCCGCCAGCUUCUGGUAUCAAGCCAGGUUGUAGCGCCAGCGACUGGCUAUCAGGCAAAACCGGACUACCGCCGAAGAUUGAUUUUGAGAGCAUUUACGAAGGCAAUGCUCCAAUUGAGAUUCCAGCUGAAUAUAAGCCCUCUGCCUCCAUUCCAGCACCAGCACCAGCUCCUGUGUCCAAACCUGUUCCGAAAAAGGACCCAGAGCCGACACCUGCACCGCCUCCCACCAUGAAGGAUCAAAAUCGAUCCAUGGCAGCGAUAGCUUCGAAGUAUGAGGACGGCGAAGAGGUGGAUGAUGAUGAAACCUCGAGUUUCGAGGAAAUCUCGAAGCCGGUUCAGCGCAGUUCGAUACCUGCAAAAUCUGAACCAAAGCCCCCUUCCCCAACCAAAACCACGUCAGCACCACCUCCGAAGGCGGCACCGCCACUCAAAUCACCUGCCUACGUGUCAGCCCCUACUGCUGCCGCCCAUGGACCUCUAUCCCCGACAGCUGGUGGCCCAGGAGUCGAGACAUCUUUGGAACAAAUCAAGAACUUAUUGGAAACGCAGACAAAGUUGAUUAGCGUGCAAAGCCAACAAAUUAGUCAUCUAACAGACGAAGUAGAUGGCCUAAAGAAACGGGUGGGAUCUGGAUCUCAGGAUCAGAGCGAACGUAUUCGGCAACUCGAGCUAGAACUGGAGGAGUUGAAGUCGUGAUGUAGCAGGAUGCAGGGAUAUGUGUUGGGGCAAGAUAGAAGAGCUGGGCAGGUGUUGAGUAGUGGAUGGAUACCGAUCUUGAUGAAGGUUGCAUGCACGGGCGAUCGC